AGUGGUGGCGGAGGAGAAAGGACAGAGUUAAAGGAGAGUUAGUUAAAAAACAAAAACCAAAAAAAAAAAGAAAAAAAACCAGCAGGGAGAGGACAUUUGGAGAGGCUGCUGGCAAGAGACCAAGGACAGAGCAAGAGGAAAGGUGGAGAAUUCAAGAGGGAACCUUCCUGACAUUUGCUUGGAGCUCACCAAGUGGGAGGAGAAACAAAAUAAUUAGUAGUAUCAGGACAGGAGCCAUGCUAGCCUAUAUAAGCUGGUGGGGCAUUUUCUUUUCCCCAGUCUCUUGGUCCUGCUUUCCUUCUGUCCUAGACAGCACAGCAACAGUUACCCCUCAACUCGACGGAGAGGGUCAGAACAUAAACAUGGAAAACAGUGUCGAUGUCAAGAUAGAAACCAAAGGGGAAAGAAAGCCAAUAAAGCAGAAUCCACUGAGUGAAGCUGGGAAGAGAGUCUGCAGGGCUUUUGGGUACAUCACUGGAGACAUGAAGGAAUUUGGAGCCUGGCUAAAAGAUAAGCCUCUCAUGAUCCAGUUUAUUGACUGGGUGCUGCGUGGGAUAUCCCAGGUGAUGUUUGUCAACAAUCCCCUCAGUGGGCUUAUCGUAGUUGCUGGUUUCCUGGUGCAGAACCCAUGGUGGACACUCACAGGCUGUUUAGGAACGGUUGUCUCAACUUUAACAGCGCUUGUUCUGGGUCAGGACAGAUCCGCCGUAGCAGCAGGCCUGUAUGGCUAUAACGGGGUCUUGGUGGGAUUGCUCAUGGCCGUCUUCUCUGCUAAGGGAGACUACCACUGGUGGCUUCUGCUGCCAGUAGUGCUGGUGUCCAUGACCUGCCCUGUUCUCACCAGCGCUUUAGGCUCAGUCUUCAGCAAGUGGGAUCUGCCUGUUUUCACCUUGCCUUUUAACUUGGCCUUGACCUUAUACCUGGCUGCAUCAGGACCCCAUAACCUCUUCUUCCCUACAACCGUCACUCAGCCUGCAACAGCAACACCAAACAUCACCUGGACGGAUGCCGAAAUGCCAAUGCUCCUUCAAUCCAUUCCAGUUGGGGUGGGUCAGGUUUAUGGCUGCGAUAACCCCUGGACUGGGGGAAUUUUCCUGAUUGCCUUAUUUAUCUCUUCUCCGCUCAUUUGUCUGCAUGCGGCAAUUGGAUCAGCAGUGGGGAUGCUGGCAGCACUGAGCUUAGCAACGCCAUUUAGCAAAGUCUACUCCGGCUUGUGGGGCUACAACAGCUCCCUCUCCUGCGUUGCCAUCGGAGGCAUGUUCUACGCUUUCACCUGGCAGACACAUUUGCUGGCAAUUGCCUGCGCCCUCUUCAGUGCCUACCUGGGAGCAACAGUGACCAACAUGCUGUCUGCGUUUGGGUUGCCAUCAGGAACCUGGUCUUUUUGCUUGUCUGCACUGACCUUCCUGUUAAUAACCACGAACAACUCUGCCAUCUACAAGCUUCCACUCUCCAAAGUCACCUACCCAGAAGCCAAUCGAGCUUACUAUCUGAAGAUGAAGAAACAUCAGAGGUCCUGCUGUGAGGUAUAAAGACACAAGAAAAGAGAUACUUUGCAGAUUUUAAGGCAAGCGCGCAAGAUGUUUCCCAAAAAAAUGUGAUUUGCGGGCUACAAAGUCAAAAGACAAAAAUGCCACCCUCUGAGUGGAGAGACUUUUUCCACCAUAUUUGUUUUUUCUAUUCUGAUUAGAUAGGACUGUGCUGGAGGGACCUUUCCCAAGACCAACCCGUAAUGAUUUAAAAGCACAUACACCUGAAAAGACACUUGAAUUUUAAGCAGUGGGGAAAUGACUUAGCAGUUGAAAAGAAAAAUCUGUUUGUCAAAUCCAAGUCACAGCAAUCAGACGUAAUGCAAUAAAGUGCAGAGCAUCUCUCAGCAUCUGAUGGGACUCCUAAUUAAUGGUUAAAACCAGAUUACGACAGCAAUAGGAUACGUCUUAGGGAGCUUCAUAAUAAAAGAAAAGUGGAAUAAAGAGUACCCUUUGCGAAGCAGAAAAUAGGUGGUGAAGAAUUCUGCCUGGAGGAUCUCUCAAGCCCGCUGGAGAUGUGUAUUAGCAAUCAUCACACACAAGAUGGACAAAACUAAAUUGCAGGCAGCGUUGCUAACACCUGCAAGACUUGUCGUAAAGGUCACAAUAACAGCAGGGAGCGGGUGUCUAUCAGCCACAGCUUUUGGAUGUUUUAGUUUGCACUGGGCUCUAAUAUUUCAUGAAAAAAAUUGUUUCAGGCCUACCCAGUUGCAGAGAAAAGUCUGUAAACCCAAGGCCAAGAAAACAGGUCCCACUGAAAAUAAUCUUUUUCUGCAGAAAAAAAGAAAAAAAAAAGUAAUAAGUUUCAUGAUUUUAUGUUAACCUCAUGAUUUUUCUAAAUACUUGAACGUGGUCAUGGGUUAGGAGAGGACAACAGCAAAGUCAUUGCUGUCCAUUUCCUAUGCAAUAAAAUGGCUCUGUUCAGUCUGUGCGCAAGUAGAACUAAUUUGAGCCAAUCUUCUUGACCUCUCUCCCUACACCGUCCCCCUCAGCCCUUGUGCCACCUCUGCACAGGCUACCGGGGUCUGCAGGUAGGGAAGGAGGAUGCUGACCUAGCACCCAACAGGCUGGUCACCUCAGUGGGUGUUAACUCAGCCACCUUUCUGCCUGGCUUAUCGAGACACUUCAUCUCACGAUGAAGCUGACAUCUUCAUCACAACUACUCCACAUGCUCCGGUCCUUCGGUUGGCAUUAGCCUACGUGCAGUAAUGUCACAGAAUCAUAGAAUGGCUUGCCUUGGAAAGGACCUUUAAAGGUCAUCUAGUCCAACCCCCCCGCCAUGAGCAGGGACAUCUUCAACUGAGUCAGGUUGUUGUUCCUGGGAAAGUAGACUAAAACCUGUUCCUCUUCUGGCAGAGGAAAUAAAAAGUAGCCUGUGAAUAGUGCUACUGCUGAUUUUUGAGGUUGGGAAAAAAAACGUGUCUUUUUAUGAUCACCAAAAAGAUCUGAGUGAAAAAUAUUUGGGAUGAACUGCUGGCAGUAUUUUCUGGUGAAGUGUUAGAUUUUCAGAUGUUUGACAGUAUUUCUGUAUAACUGACACUCCAGAGAUCACUUGUAAAAAUGUAUCAUUUCCUGUGUUUUACUUGGUAAAUAUCUAUAUAAUGUUGUGUGGAGUUAAUUUUUAAAACAAAUAUUCAUACUUUUUUGAGUUUGAUACGAGUUUUCCUCUAUUUAUCAUCACUAAGUUCUUCCAAAGACAGAUUGUCACUUAAAUAAGUAGUCUAAAAGACACUGGAAGAUAAAAUUAUGGAAUCAGCGUAUGGGGGAUAUUUAGGAAACUUCUAACUUCUGCUCUUUGUACUUCUGACAUUUUGCUGCAUCAACACCUUCUUAAUUGUGCAAGUGCAAAGUCUGCUUCUGUACAAGCGGCACGAUCAGCCAAAGGCAGAGCUACAAUUGGGGCUGGAAACCUCCUCAAGACCAGAUGAGGACUUGUUCCUAGGGGAGAUGCUGGAUGGGCCCCCACAUUGGAGUUAGAGGAGGUCGUUUUCUGUCCAGAGGAUGCACCUCUCCACAUGUCAAACUGGGAUGGAAAACGCUAUCUUUUGGUGUCUGAACUGACAUCUCCCCACCCAGCACCACGUGUGCCCCAGAGAGGCAAACCUACAAAGGCUAGCUUUCAAUCUUCUGUCAAAAUCUACACUCGGUAAAGAGUGCACGCUUUAUGGCCAGUGUAAAUCAGCAGAUUGCGUCCGACUGGUGCUAUUUCAGCUUGCUGUUGCUGAGCAACAGGGACAUUUUGGCAGUACGGUAAAGAAACCAUAUGCACAGAACAGAAAAACAAGAAAAGAUGAAGGCCGGGUCUCAGCCAUUAGAAAGAUUUUGCACGUCAUUCAGAAUUAAUUCUUCAUUUUACGCUAUUCAGAGAAUUCAUUCUUCCCAUCACCCCAUGCAAAAUAACAGUUAUUUGGUAAUUUGACUUGUAUAUCAGUCAGAAUAUGCAUAUCAUGCUUUUUCCCGUUAUCAUUCAUAACACAGUCUUUGCUAAGAGAACUGAUUUAUCUUAUUAUUGAAACUGUUCUUUUUUUCUUUACGUCAAAUAAACGCUA